CGAUAAGUCCAAACUAGACCAGAAUCUCUCUCUAAUCUAACGAUUUCUCAAGGGCAUUUUCGUAACUUCAUUACACGUUCUCAACACGUAUAAGAGACUCGUACAUCUCCGUCUGUAUUCGCCGUGUUUGAUGCACAAGCAAAAUCCCGCCCUUUUCUUUCUGCUUUUCUUCUUUCCGUCCUCCUUUUUCUUUUUCAUUUUCUUCAUAUACAUAUAUAAAUACACAUAUAUUCCAAUUCCAUUCAUAUUUCAGAUUUUUAUUUCCCUUUUUCUCAUAAAUUUUCGGACGUUUUCACUCGAUCCACCGCCAUUCUCAAAUCUCCCGAUCAAAAGCUCCAGCUCCAGAUCCAGACCGAAGGUUGUUUUCCUUUUUCCCUUGAAUUUUUCUUAGGGUUUUCGAUUUCACGACUCACUCAAUUCGGAUCGUCCCACUGGUUGAUGAACCGAUCAAAUAUGGAACUUCUACGUCAAUGUUAUGGUGUCUGAUAUCAUCAAGUUUGUCUUCUUGAAGGCACAUGAGUCUUAAAAGUGAAAAUUUAGAAAGAAAAUGACAGAUGGGAUGUCAAUUAUAUGGUUUCUGAUGAGAUCCGAGGUUUACAGUCCAUCUUUUCUUGGAUGGCUGGUCACUGGAUCAUUUGGGCUUUUAGUUAUCAUCUUUGCAUUUCUUAAAUGGCAGAGAAGAACAUCUCUUAAUUGGGUCAAAGCUGCUGCAAGAGCUAAGAAGCAAGUUUGGAAGAAGCUUAAAGUUCCCUUUUCACAUCAUGUAUGGAUCGAAGAUUAUACAUAUGAUGAGCAGCCAUCUACAUGCUGUGUUUGCUUGUCUUCCCUAGUGUCCCCACAAAACAUUGGUACAAAAGCCCUAUCAAUCACUCCUGUCCAUCGUUGCGCUGUUUGUGGUGUAGCAGCCCAUUUCUAUUGUUCUCAGUCGGCAGUGAAGGACUGUAAGUGUGUGGCACAAGCAGGUUUUAGUCAUGUUCAACAUCAAUGGUCAGAAAGGUGGGUUAAUGUGGAUGAUAAUCCUGAAAUGUCUGCUUUCUGUUUUCACUGUGAUGAACCAUGUGGUGUUCCUUUUCUUGAUGCUUCUCCCACCUGGCAUUGUUUAUGGUGUCAACGUCUCAUACACGUAAAAUGUUACACUAAAAUGUCAAAAGAAUCUGGUAAUGUCUGUGAUUUGGGUCCUCUUAGAAGGAUAAUUCUUUCUCCUCUUUGUGUGAAAGAAAUUGAUAGUUACAGUAAAAGUGGAUUGCCAAGCUCUACUAGUGAGGAUUCUCUUGCCUCUUCUUUAUAUGGUCAGUUUAGAAGAAGGCAACACCGUGUUAAACAUGUAGGUAGUCACUCAGUUAAUAAUGUUAAGGUCCAGGAUGCCUUGACUAAUGGUACAGCUCUGGAAUAUUUGAUAAAUGGGAUUACCGGUCUGAAGAAGUCUCGUAGUGAGAAAAAUAUUAACAGCAUAAAGAAGGAUGGGAAGAUACACGGUACAAAGGGUAUCCGUAAUGGAUUAAUGAUGAAAAAGAAUUAUGGAAUUACUAGCCAGAUAAAGAAGUAUACAUUGGUUGAUUUACCUCAGGAUGCUAGACCUCUUUUGGUUUUUAUUAAUUCUAGGAGUGGUGGUCAACAUGGGUCUUCCCUGAGGAGGAGGCUGAACGUAUUGUUGAAUCCUGUGCAGGUUUUUGAACUGAGUUCUUCUCAUGGACCUGAGAUUGGUUUGGAGUUGUUUAGGAAUGUACAGUAUUUUAGAGUUCUAGUCUGCGGUGGAGAUGGCACUGUUGCAUGGGUCCUUGAUGCAAUUGAAAAGCACAAUUUUGAGUCACCUCCACCUGUUGCUAUUCUUCCACUUGGAACAGGAAAUGAUUUGUCAAGAGUUCUGCAAUGGGGAGGAGGCUUUUCUAUGAUUGAUGCACAGGGUGGCUUAUCCAUGCUUUUACAUGACAUCUGCAAUGCAGCUGUUACAAUGCUAGAUCGCUGGAAAGUAAAUAUUAGCGAAGAAAGUACAGAAGCUGAACCAAAUAAAGUGCAGUCCAAGUUCAUGAUGAACUAUUUAGGUAUUGGUUGCGAUGCAAAGGUUGCAUAUGAAUUUCAUAUGACUCGGGAAAUAAAUCCUGAGAAGUUUUGUAGUCAGUUUGUAAAUAAAUUAAGAUAUGCCAAAGAAGGUGCAAGGGAUAUAAUGGACAGAACUUGUGCUGACUUACCAUGGCAAGUUUGGCUUGAAGUUGAUGGGAAAGACAUCGAUAUUCCAAAGGAUUCAGAGGGUUUAAUUGUGCUCAAUAUUGGCAGCUACAUGGGCGGUGUAGAUCUUUGGCAAAAUGACUUUGAGCAUGAUGAUGAUUUUAGUCUUCAGUCCAUGCAUGAUAAAGUGCUUGAGGUUGUAUGUGUUUGUGGUGCAUGGCACCUUGGCAAACUUCAGGUUGGACUUUCACAUGCCAGGAGGCUAGCCCAAGGGAAAGUCAUAAGGAUUCAUGCUUCCAGUCCGUUUCCAGUUCAAAUAGAUGGCGAACCAUUUAUACAACAACCUGGAUGUCUAGAAAUAACACAUCAUGGGCAGGUAUUCAUGUUGAGGAGGGCCUCAGAGGAGCCACGAGGACAUGCUGCUGCAAUUAUGACAGAGGUGUUAUUAGAUGCCGAGUGCAAAGGCAUCAUUAAUGCAUCUCAGAAAAAAACUCUUCUUCAGCAAAUAGCCUUAAAUCUCUCCUAAUUUCUUUUUGUUAAUAAUUCUUUUGCCGAGAUAUAGUCGAUACCCGUCCACAUACGCGUCCAGAAAACUGAUAGGUUCUUUGACUCACAGCGCACUUGUUUAGCCAAACCAAAACUCAGCUGUUCCUCGCUUCCACUCUAAUUCUUGUUCUUGUUGCUUUUAUAGCAUAAGAUUUUUUGACCAACAGUAUAGUGUUACACCAUAGGUACCAUUUUUGUUUCUGGUUUUGUUUUUUUGUUUUUGAUUUUGCCCUCCGUGGAAGAGAACAAUUGCUGCAUACAAAAUAGAAAAUAUAUGCCACAGAAUUAUAACUUUGGGUUUUGGGUUUUGUUGCCCAACAUGAAAUUUAUACCAUUCCCUUUUAUUCGGUUUGUCUUA